AUGGCGGAGCACUUGGCAUCGAUAUUCGGGACGGAGAAGGACAGGGUGAACUGUCCGUUCUACUUCAAGAUCGGCGCUUGCAGGCACGGCGACCGGUGUUCUCGGCUCCACACGAAGCCCACAAUUAGCCCAACGUUGGUUCUGUCGAACAUGUACCAGAGGCCCGACAUGAACAUGAACAUCAUCACCAACCCCAAUCAGCCCCAACCCCAAUCCCUCGACCCUGACAAGGUCCAGGAUCACUUCGACGACUUCUACGAAGAUCUAUUCGAGGAGCUUAGCAAGUACGGGCCCAUUCAGAGCUUGAAUAUCUGCGACAAUCUCGCCGAUCACAUGGUUGGGAAUGUGUACGUUCAGUUCCGGGAAGAAGAUCAUGCUGCUAACGCCCUCAUGAAUCUCACUGGGAGAUUUUAUUCAGGCCGCCCCAUCAUUGUUGAUUUUUCUCCUGUUACUGAUUUUCGAGAAGCUACUUGUAGACAGUAUGAGGAGAAUGUGUGCAAUCGAGGUGGCUACUGCAACUUUAUGCACUUAAAGAAAAUUAGCAGGGAUUUGAGAAGAAAAUUAUUUGGAAGAAAUAGGCGAUGGAAUGGCCGCAGUGGAAGCAGAAGCAGGAGCCCUCCAAGGAAUCGUAACCAUGGGGAACACUCACAUUCUGGCCGUAAUCCUGGUAGAAGAGAUUUUGACAGGCCCCAUGGCCACCAUGGUCGGAGGCCUAGAAGCCGUAGUCCUCGAUAUAGAGGAGGAAAACGAAGUAGAAGCCCAGUGGGGAGGGAUAGAAGUCCGAUCCGUGAAAGCAGCGCGGAAAGGAGAGCUAAGAUAGAGCAAUGGAACAGGGAGAAAGAACAAGAGGAGACAGGUAACAAGAACAGUACGAAAAGCAAUGAUUACCAAGAACAGAGUGGUGCACAAAAUGGCAGUGAAUCUGGUAACCAUCAGAUAUAG